AUUGCAAUAGAGUAAGUAUUACACAGCAGUGCACUACUUUGAUUGCAUAUCCAAACAAUUUGUUUUGAAAGUAGUGUUAAAUCACGAACUCAGGCCAUCUCUGACGGCGAAUUUCACGGACGGCGCGGUGAUCUCUUGCCGCAGUUGAUAAGUUGAAGGCGACGACGAGAUCUGAGAAAUGUCGACCGAAAAUAAUAAUAACAACAAUGUCAACAACCAGAAUGCAACACCACCACCGACUGAGAUCGGCUCUGAUGGUCUUCCUCGAGAAUCUUCCGUCGUCUCCUACACCGAAAAGAUUAUCGAGGAGGAGCAACUUCAAUUGAGAAAAUAUAUCGAAGAAAAUUAUACCAAAAUCCGUGAUGUUGAGAAAGAGCUUACAAAUCUUAAUUUAGAGAUGAAACUUACAGCUGGGCCAAAAAAGGCAGCACUUGAACACCUGAGAAAGAAAAUUGAAAUGUCAACUGAGAAGAUUCGUCUUGCCAAGCUGAGGGAAGAACAAGCACGGAAGGUAUUGGAAGAAGCGACAAAAGCUGUCAAGGAUGAGGAAGCAAUAAAGCAGAACCUGUGUGAAGACUUAAAUCGUCUGGUUCAAGAAAGUAACAAUACCCAGUUUGCAAGACUUGGAGAGUUAAAAAGAAGACUAGAGGCUUUAAAUCCUGCCAGAUCACCCACCAUCUCUCAUGAUGAGAGUACUGUACAGAGCGCCACAGCUCCUGUUGCAGUAAUAGCUCAUUCACCGGAGACAUCUGUAGGAUUGCCUGGCAAUCUUGCUAAUCCAGGAAAUGCCGGAGUUACUACAGUGGCAAACGGCCAGAAUCAACAACCACAUGUUGAUGAAGGAAGGAAGAAGAAAACUGUAGUCCAAGGACGUGGAAGAGUUGGAGCAGUACCCAAGGGUAGAGGUCAGCCAGGCUGGACAGGAGCUGGGUUCGAUGUGGAUGGUAGAAGCUGAUCAGAAUUACUUAUCUGUAGUGAACUGUGAGAUAAAAGACUUUUUGCAGUUGCAGGUUUAGUCUUUUUCUUCCCAAUUUACACAUUAACUGUAUAUUUUCUCAGUUAUAUUUUUUUGUUGCAUAAAAUAUGGAACUCUAGGUGAUUGUACAAUUAUUUUUUUUUAAUAUAUUUACCUGUUCAUGACCA